AUGAGAGCAGUCUGUUCCUGUGAGUUCGCAGCAGGAUCAGCAGAGAAAGAUUGCCUGGUGCUCGCUACUGGAGCCAUCAGCGUCUCGACAUUCGCCCUACAAAGAGCGAGACGGUAUUCUCUCGUUAUUGAAAAGCCUGAUCAUAUGGUGAUGGCGUCAAUAUUCACCUACGAACCCGAGACACCACGAGUGGCUUCGCCAUGGCUUCAAGGCAUAAAUGCUCAGGUUGCUCCUCAAGCUACUUCGCACAUGGGCGAUAUGCACAAUGUGCACGAGGUGUCCUUACCAACGUCUGAUUCUCCUGAUCUUAGCACAGAGCAAACGAUCCGAAGACUGCAGGCUGAGCCACAAGAGGGACCUGUGGAGUACAAGUUACAUCUUCUGCUACGACCCAGACGCAAGUUUCGCGCCACGAGCACGGGAAGCCAUGUUUCCGGUUCUCGCCACUCCAACUUUGGUGGGUAUCAAAAUGGCAAGAGCAUGUCUGAAGCCAUGCUGGAGCCGCCGCCCAGUGCACCGCUAGCCACGCCUCCGAAUACCUUGACACACCAGAAUCGCCAACAUAGAUUGCAGCAACUUACCACUCAGCUUCUUUGGAGACUCCAGCAGUCAUCGCCACAUCAUUCGUCGUCGGCGACAAAUUUCAUCUUGCCAUCCCUGCCCGAUGCUCUAUCUGAGCUUCAGGCACCACAGCAGCCAGCCAAACUUCUUCAUGGUCUGGAAGAGUCUCAAGGUGCUCUGUACGAAAUUGGUGUCGCCGAUGAUGGCACGCUUAUUGGGCUGGCUGAGGAUGAGUUGAACGAGAGUUUAAACAAUCUUCGAGCGAUGGCUGCAUGUCUGGGCUGCACCGUGGAGGUGCUACGAAAGGAGAAUGUUGGUGAGUGUGAGUGGAUCGAGGAUGUUGUUGUUGGAAGGAAGGAGCGACGUGUGCGGCGAUUCGGCAAGUUGGUCGUUGCAGAGGCUCUAGUCAAGCCUUCGUUGCAAGUGUCAAGUCCAUCGCUUGCAGCACAAAGUGCGCCAUCAUUAGGCGAACAUACGAAUGUUAUCAGUGAUACCGCGCUUCCAGCACCGCCAACCGAGCAGAUGCGUGUCACGUUGACAGGUCCAACCAUGUCGGGAAAGUCGUCUUUGCUAGGCACACUGACCACAUCCACUCUCGAUAACGGGAGAGGCCAAAGCCGCUUGAGCAUGUUAAAGCAUCGCCACGAGAUCACGUCGGGCAUUACGAGCUCCGUCACGCAAGAACUUCUCGGCUACCAGGAUACUGCAGAUGGUUCUGUGGACGUCAUCAAUUAUGCUACGGAAAAUGUUGCUUCUUGGAUAGACGUGCAUGUAGCAGCAGCUGCGAACCGUCUAGCAUUCGUGUCCGACUCGGCCGGCCAUCCACGAUACCGGCGUACCACUGUUCGCAGUCUUGUUGGCUGGGCGCCUCAUUGGACACUGCUCUGUGUGCCGGCCGAUGAUACGGAAGACACUCAUGGCAGGAAUGGUAGCACAAAUGGCUCGCAACAUACUCUCAGCACGCUCGUGUCCGGGAUGGACCUUUCCAGCGCUCAGCUUGACCUUUGUCUGCGUUUGAGAUUACCAUUAGUGGUUGUCAUCACCAAGCUAGAUCUGGCAUCACGGUCUGGGCUGCGAGAUACAUUGUCGAAGGUGCUGGAUGCAUUGAAAGCUGCCGGCAGGACGCCGAAGAUACUAUCCAACUCGACGACCACUGCCGAUCAGCUCGAUCUACAGCGAAUCUCUGGAGGUCAGAUCGAGAGUGCCUAUAGUGCAGCACUACCUCUCCUGAACGAUGCGCUGAGCAUUGUACCCAUCGUUCUUACGAGUGCAGUGCAAGGCACUGGUGUCGGCACUUUGCAUGCCUUACUACACGAGCUUCCUCUACCUGAUUCGUCCCUUGCCGCGUCACAAGGCACUGGCAUCACUUUCCACAUCGAAGACAUCUACACCAAACCCGCCGACCUCGAAGGCAUCAUCAUUUCAGGUCGCCUUCGCAACGGACAGCUCUCUGUCGGCGAUGUCGCAGUCAUUGGCCCAUUCUCUGGCCACGAGCACCUGGAGGACUCGGAAGACUCAGACGACCGGCCACGGAGACGUUCGUCAAACCACCUGCCUACUUCCCGCUCCUUCCCAGGCGCAUUACGUGACUCUCACCUGGCACCACCUCUAUUCCAGUUGCCCAAUCAGGAGUGGCGUCAAGUGAAAGUGACCAGUAUUCGCAACCUACGCCUCCCUGUCCACUCGCUCCUAGCCGACCAAGUUGGCAGCAUCGUGGUCGUGCCCGAUAUCGUCAACGGCAAAGCCGCACCUGUCGAUCUGCUCUCACGCACUCGUAAAGGAAUGGUCCUCGCCACAAUCCAGCCGCUAGCCAGCCGGAGCUUCGUCGCUCGUUUUAAGCGUGAGGACCUUGAAGCCCUGGCCGUAGGAAAUCAUGUGGUUGUCUACAGCGCCAGCGUUCGAGCAUCUGCCAAGAUCAUAUCAGCCAGCGCGCCUGACUCGCCUGCUGAAACGAGGAACGUGGUGGGUGAGGGUGAGGAUAUCGUUUCGCAUGACCCUUUUACUUUCGACGACAUGGCCGAGACACUUGACGGCAAAGUGGAACGAGUGGCUGGGUCCAUCACGGCGUCGCACCUGCUUGUGACGUUCCGGUUUGACUCGGCAAAGGAGUUCUUAAUGGUCGACGAUCAGAUCUUGGUAAUGCCCGGGGGUGGCCCAGGAUUGUACGGUGGGCAUGAGCGUGGUGAGAAGGGUCUUGCAGGUCUGGAAGGCUUUGUUGGGCAAAUUACGCAGACUCUUGGUUAG